AGGGCGGGUGGUGCGGACGUGGACGACUACUCCGUACUCAUCCACCCUCUCGAACACGAGGCUGUCUUUGCUCAGCAGUCUUAUUCUUUUUGAAGCCGGGCAAUCAUGAAUGCUGACCCUGCUGUCCUUUGACUGCUACGAUCAAUCACCGUGAAAUGUGAUUCUCUCCUCCAGACAAUGACUUGUUGACCAGACGAGUGCCCUCCGAACUAACUCCUCCUCCCUACCAACCUGCCCGCCUGCAAUCCCCUGCUGCAUCCAGCGCGCAGCCCUUGCGGCUUGCCUUCGAUGCCGUCCGUUUCUGAACCGUCACCAUGUCGUCGAUGCGCGGUCUUGUCCAGUUCAUAGCCGACCUCCGAAAUGCCCGGGCGAGAGAACUGGAGGAGAAGAGAAUCAACAAAGAGCUCGCCAACAUCCGCCAGAAAUUCAAGAGCGAGAAAUUGGAUGGCUAUCAGAAGAAGAAAUACGUCUGCAAGUUGCUCUACAUCUACAUCCAAGGAUACAAUGUCGACUUUGGACACCUUGAAGCCGUCAAUCUGAUCUCCGCAACCAAAUACUCCGAAAAGCAGAUUGGCUAUCUGGCCGUCACUCUCUUCCUACACGAGCAGCACGAGCUCCUGCAUCUGGUCGUCAACAGCAUUCGAAAGGACCUGUUGGACUACAACGAACUCAACAAUUGUCUAGCCCUGCAUGCCGUGGCAAAUGUGGGUGGCCGCGAAAUGGGCGAGGCGCUCAGUGCCGACGUCCAUCGGCUGCUGAUCUCCCCUACCUCUAAAUCCUUUGUCAAGAAGAAGGCGGCCUUGACGCUCCUCCGUCUCUACCGAAAGCACCCGGCCAUCAUUCAAAGAGAGUGGGCAGAAAGAAUAAUAUCGUUGAUGGACGACCCCGACAUGGGCGUGGUGCUCUCUGUCACUUCUCUCAUCAUGGCUCUGAUCCAAGACAAUCCUGAGGCGUACAAAGGGAGUUAUGUCAAGGCCGCUCAAAGGCUGAGGAAAAUCGUCAUUGAGAAUGACAUCUCGCCGGACUAUUUGUAUUACAAGGUUCCUUGUCCGUGGAUUCAAGUCAAAUUUUUGAAGUUACUGCAAUAUUACCCCCCUUCAGAAGAUUCGCACGUCCGCGACAUCAUUCGCGAAUCUCUUCAGGCUAUUAUGCAAGCAGCCACAGAGGCGCCCAAAAAUGUACAACAGAACAACGCUCAGAAUGCGGUACUGUUUGAGGCCAUCAACCUUCUCAUUCACCUCGACACUGAGCACCAGCUCAUGAUGCAGAUUUCUUCCAAAUUAGGAAGAUUCAUUCAGUCACGCGAAACAAACGUUCGAUACUUGGGCUUGGACGCCAUGACCCAUUUUGCUGCUAGGUCCGACACACUUGAUCCCAUCAAACGACACCAAAACAUCAUCAUCUCAUCUCUACGAGACCGAGAUAUCAGUGUCCGGAGAAAGGGUUUGGAUUUGCUGUACAGCAUGUGUGAUACCACCAAUUCUCAACCCAUUGUCAACGAAUUGUUAAAGUACUUGCAAACAGCAGAUUUUUCGAUACGCGAAGAAAUGACUCUCAAAAUUGCGAUCCUGACGGAGAAAUAUGCAACCGAUGCUCAGUGGUAUAUUGAUAUCACACUGAGACUGCUCGCCAUGGCUGGUGAUCAUGUCAGCGACGAAGUCUGGCAACGAGUGGUCCAGAUCGUCACCAAUAACGAAGAACUGCAACCCUAUGCGGCACAACAUAUUUUCGACUAUUUGAAAGCGGACAACUGCCACGAUACGCUUGUCAAGAUUGGCGGUUACAUUCUUGGGGAGUUCGGCCACCUGAUAGCUGACAACAAAGGAUGCAGCCCGAUUGAACAGUUGAUGGUGCUACAAACAAAGAUGAUAUCAGCCCCCGACCCUACGAGGGCAUUACUUCUGUCGACAUUCGUCAAAUUCGUCAACCUCUUCCCGGAAAUCAAGCCACAGCUGCUACAGAUGUUCCAAUUCUACAGCCACUCACCCGAUUCAGAGUUGCAACAGAGGGCGUGCGAGUACCUGACCAUUGCGACGUUGCCAACGGACGACUUGCUUCGCACCAUUUGCGACGAAAUGCCCCCGUUCUCGGAACGAGCCUCCAUCCUUUUACAAAGGCUGCACAAGAAGAGUGCAGGGAUAAGUGAAAGGAGAACUUGGGUGGUUGGCGGCAAAGAUGCCAAUGCCGAUGAAAAGGAAGUUCUGCUGGCUCAACAAACAGGACUGAAGCGAUCUUUUACCACUAUCGUCAAUGGAACACCAGCAAGUACGAAUGGUGCUGCUGCCACACCAGCCCAAAACGGAACGACCAGUGCUGCAAAAGACCUUGAAGGCCUGGAUAUGAAUGGCCAUACCGAUGACGUGACUGUUCCCAAGCUUACGAGCGCGGCUCAUCUUUCACCGGACUGGGAGACUGGUUAUGACAACAUGUUCUUUGCCGAUGAAGGUGUCUUGUAUGAGGAUCCACAGAUUCAAGUCGGCAUCAGGGCGGAGUAUCGUGGCCACCUCGGGGUGAUCAAACUCUACUUUACCAACAAGGCCUCGUUCUCAAUUGGCUCAUUCACGACUACUCUGGACAAUAAAUCUGCCCCCAGCCUCAAAAUCGACACUAAAAGCCUCCCCGAUUCCUCGGUCGGUGCAGACUCCCAAGUCCAAGAGACCAUUGUGUGCACUUCCAUCUCCCCAUUCUCCGAAGCACCAACCAUCCGAAUCUCAUAUCUCGCUGGUGCCUUGCAGGGGUAUACUCUAAAGCUGCCGAUUCUUCCGCAUCGAUUCAUGGAUCCCUCGGAGCUCUCAGCGGAGGAUUUCUUCAAACGUUGGCGACAGAUUGGGGCGGGUCCCCUUGAAGCGCAAAGCACAUUCGGUCUGCGCAAUCAUUUGGCGCCGAUGGACGACAAAUUUGUCCGCGAUACCGUGGCAGGAUUUCGCUGGCGGCUCUUGGACAACGUUGAUCCAAAUCCAAAGAAUAUUGUUGGAUGUGCGGUCUUGCAGCUGGAGAAGGGGAAGACUGGAUGUCUGCUCAGACUAGAGCCCAAUCAUCAGCAAAAGAUGUUCCGCGUCACGAUUCGUGCGACGCAGGAAAAGGUUCCUGAGAUCCUGUUGAACCUCAUGCAGGAACGGCUGGCCAGAGGACCUCCAGCUUAGACAUGGCCUCGAUCCAUGGCACCAGCAUCAGCAUUAUCAGGUCCGGGUAUUCUGUCCUUUCCAGCAUAUGUUGCAUGGUGUUCUGCGGCCCAGGCGGAGCGGGUAUGGCAUGCAUUGUCCUCAAGGGAGACAUAAUAUGAGCAUCUUCUUGACCAUCAAAUAUCAUCAUGCCGUUCAUCCCUCCGCGGGCGUGGUUGUUUCAGAGCACACCACCACUGACCACAAUUUCACGAACUCAAGCUCUCUUAUGAUGGAAUUUACUUCUUCUCUUGUUCCGUUUGCUCUAGCACUUUGGCAUCUUUCUUUGGCGGCCGUUCCCCGAAAAUCGUACUCCCUACCC